UCCUUUUUACACGAAGUUUGUUUUCCCGCUAAAUAAACGAAUGUAUCGUGCGUAUAACUCUAAUGAAAUUCAGGACUAUGGAUAAUGAUAAUAAAUUAGAUCGGUUUUUAAAACUAGGAAAAGCGGGAGAAGGCACAUAUGGCGUUGUUUAUAAAGCAAAAAACAAACUGACUGGCAAAAAUGUGGCACUUAAAAAAAUUAAGUUACAAAAGUUUUACAAAGGGGGAACCUCUGAAGGAGUUCCCUCCACAGCAAUGCGUGAAAUAACUUUACUCAAAGGUGUAAGACAUUCAUCUAUUGUGGAACUAUUGGAUGUGAUGUAUACUACAGACAAAUUGUAUUUAGUAUUUGAGUAUUUGGAACUUGAUCUCAAAAGAUAUAUGGAUAGUACAAAAGCACCAUUCGAGCAAGAGCUGAUAAGAAGCUACAUGAAGCAGCUUCUAGAUGCAAUGGCUUAUCUACAUUGUCAUAGGAUAUUGCAUAGAGAUCUAAAACCACAGAACUUGCUUGUUGAUAAAGAAGGUCACAUUAAACUGGCCGACUUUGGGUUAUCCAGAGCCUUUUCAUUACCAACUAGAACAUAUACCCAUGAAGUUAUAACGGUGUGGUAUAGAGCCCCAGAGCUAUUGCUAGGAGAAAAAAUGUAUUGCACUGGAGUUGAUGUUUGGAGUCUGGGAUGUGUAAUGGCAGAAAUGCUGAUGAAAAGGGCACUGUUUCCAGGUGACUCAGAAAUUGACCAACUCUACAAAAUAUUUAAAGUACUUGGAACUCCAUCUGAAGAUAUCUGGGAAGGAGUCACCCUUCUUCCAGAUUUUAAACCAACAUUCCCAGUAUGGCCACCAAGGCAAUUGCAGGACAUCAUUAGGUUUCACUGUUUAGAAGAGGAAGAAAUUUUAAAACAUAUGUUAACUUAUGAUCCUGCAAAACGAAGAACAGCAAAGGAACUGCUCAAGUUAAAUUAUGUCAAAUCAGCUAAACUCACAACUCCAGACCUUACUGUUUUUCGGGAUGAUACUGGAGAGACUGAGUCUGAAGCUAUUAAUAGUUAAUUUUAAUUUACAUUUCUAAAAAAUUUUAACAACUUAAAUAAAGCAA